AUGCCGUCGGUUUCGAAAACGGCGGCCAAUGCGUCUCCUCAAACCGAGAAACCUACCCACUAUACAUACUUGAAGGAGUUCAGGACAGAGCAGUGCCCGUUGUUCCUCCAGCACAAGUGUACGCAGCACAGACCCUUUACGUGCUUUCAUUGGCAUUUUCUCAACCAGCGGCGAAGACGACCCAUAAGAAGGAGAGACGGGACUUUUAACUACAGCCCCGACGUGUACUGCACGAAAUACGACGAGACCACAGGCAUUUGUCCAGAUGGAGACGACUGUCCUUAUUUACACCGGACCACUGGUGACACAGAGCGCAAGUACCAUCUACGCUAUUACAAGACAGGCACUUGUAUCCAUGAGACAGACGCUCGAGGGCAUUGUGUGAAGAAUGGCCUCCACUGUGCUUUUGCUCAUGGGCCACAUGAUCUCCGACCUCCAGUCUAUGAUAUCAGAGAAAUCCAAGCACAAGAGGCCCUUCAAAAUGGACAGUUGGGAUCUGGGGAAGGUAUUCCUGAUUUGCAGCCUGGUGUAUUAGCCAGCCAAGCUAUGAUUGAGAAAACUCUGACAGAAGACCCUCGGUGGCAAGAUACCAACUUUGUUUUAGCCAAUUAUAAAACAGAUCAGUGUACUAAGCCCCCAAGACUAUGCAGACAGGGCUACGCUUGCCCCCACUACCACAACAGUAGAGACCGAAGACGGAAUCCACGAAAGUUCAAAUAUAGGUCAACUCCUUGCCCAAAUGUGAAACAUGGCGAUGAAUGGGGCGAGCCCUCAAAGUGUGACAGUGGAGACAGUUGCCAGUAUUGUCACUCUCGCACUGAACAGCAGUUUCACCCUGAGAUCUACAAAUCUACAAAAUGCAAUGAUAUGCGACAAACUGGAUACUGUCCCAGAGGACCGUUUUGUGCAUUUGCACAUGUAGAAAGAAUUCCCUCUACAGAGGAGACCAUGAGUUCAUUGCUAACAGCGAUACAGUCGAGUUCACAGUCCCAGCUGGGCUCUCAGCAGUAUUCAGAAUGUCCAGUCAGUGAGUGGAACAGUGGAGGAAACUCCACCACCAGUGCAACCAGUAGCAACGGACAAGUAGGAAGUGUUUCAUGUUCUAAUAGCUCAACUGUAACGGCAAGCUCAGGAAGCGACAGUUUGUUAUCCCCAGUGGGAUCCAUCAGCAGGCCCAAAUCCUUAACUAAUAGUAGUUUAUGUUCAGAGUCCACCACAUCCAGUGUCUCAUCUCUGACGUCUAACUAUCCUAAAGCUCCGGGCUUUGAACGUGAGGAUCAGAUUAAGAACAAGGGGCAGGUGGAUCAAAAAUUGAUGGACCAAGAAAAACAGACACAAAAUACUGUAUUCUCUGCGGUGAACCCUUUGGCAUCGAGCUUUACCUCCAGUAUAACAUCCAGCUUGGCCUCUAGUAUUGGCUCAGAUAGUUCUUCACCCACCACCUUAUCAACAAUGAAUGCAAAAGCCACUCCUUUCUAUCCAGGCAGCAACACGGUGGAGUCUGUCAUAGAUGUAUUUUGUUUUCCCUCAGGAUCCGCACUGGACCUCAAUUUUAGUGACAUAAAUGUUGCAUCUCUUGAUAAGGAGUUAGAAGAGCAAGACAACAGUGUUGGGUUGGCAAGUCAAAGGGUACUAGGUGGAUCUGCUCCUGUUAACAUUCCUGGCUCCCUGGCGCGAUCGUCCUCUUUUAAUUCCUCGUCAUCACUCUCCACCUCUCCGCUGAGCUCCCUUUCCCAAUCCCUGUCGCAGUCCCUCCUGUCUGGGGCAGUAUCGCAGCAAAAUCAACCUUCAAAUAUGCUAGCCAAGCAAGAGCAUGGCCUCCUGGGAACACCCACCUCCUCUUCCCAGAACUCUUUGGGCUUAAAUGGAGGAGCCAGCAACAUUUGGGACUUUGUAAGUGGCAGCUUUUCACCGAGUCCAUCUCCAGUUUUCAGCAGCCUAACCUCCACAGCCAGCAGCGCUGAUCUGGCCCGCCUUUUUAGAGAGCUGGACGAGGCCAAGAGGAAGAUCAAACAAUGGGAGGAGGCCUGGCAUCAGGUCAAACAAGCCUGUGAAGCCUGCCAGAAAGAAGCUCAUGAAGCAAAAGAACAAGCAAAAACGGCCGAGGCAGAGCGGCAGCUGGCAGAACAGAAAUGGGAGGAAACAGAGCGCAAGCUGAAAGAGCUCCAAGGGGACUUUGACGUGCUUUGUCGCACCCCUGGAACACCUCUUCUGCGCAGCUACGGAGAGCUGGACCAGCUCCCCUUGUCAAAGCUUCACUCCAUCCAGAGUCAGCUGCGUAAUGACCUAGACCUUGUAGACGGGGUAAUAUAUCAGCUUCAGUCAAAGAAAUGUAUAGUUUGCCAAAAGCAUGAUCGUUGCAUUGUUCUGCAGCCUUGCCAACAUUAUGUACUAUGUGAGAACUGUGCACCUAGUAAAACAGAAUGUCCCUACUGUAGAACAAAAAUAUUGAAGUGGUGAUGUACAAUUACACAAGGUACUAUUUAAAGAAUUAGCCCUUUGAAAAACUACUAAUAGAUAUUACGUUUUCUAAAUAGCAAUGUCUGUUCUCAGACACUGUUCAUACAGUGAUUGAAUUAAUUUAGAACAAAAUGAUGUUUGACUGACAAAACAAAUAGUAUUGCAAAUCAGAUCGUGCACAGGGAACUCAAUCAUCAUAGCCUUUGCUCAUUUUAUGUGAACAUUACCACCAUCAACCUCCGUCGGUGGCUUUCUCUAUGGAAAGCCAUGCACUCGAAUUAGAACUUGAACACACCACCUGUGGUGACCAUCUUUAAUCAUGAUUCAGAUGCUCUGAUGGACACAAAUCCUGUGCCCAGAUAUCUAAAUUUGGCUUACACUUUGUUAUAAAUACAGUUGGGCUAAAUACGGUGGAGUCCUUCUUUCCUCUGACAAAAUGCAAAUAUGCAUUGCCAACCUGACUCUUACAGUAAAUACAAAGUUCUGGGUAAAAAAAAAAAUUCACACAGGGCCGAUAAACGUGGGUAAAAGCUUAAAACACAAAGACAUUAGUGUGUGUUUGUCUGGCCACAACUCUUACUGUUUAUGGAUUGUAAUACGUAACACUGACCUUGGUUUUAGUGUGUAUAAAGCUCCUGAGGGAGUAUCUUCUUAACUUAAUGCACUUACAGUCUGCCCAGAGCAAAUUUGAAGGCAUUUCAAACCCCAACUUUUCAGAAAAUACCGUAGAAAUGUGUAUGAAGCCAGAUUCUUUUGUGAAGAAAGAAAACUUAUCUCAUUGUAACUUUUAUAGUCUGUCUUAACUGAAAUUGGAUAAAUCAGAGUUUAAAAAUACACAUAAAAAACUCUUCUGUCUGUAAGAUAUCUGUGAGUUUUAAGGUCAUUCUGAGUGAGGAAAAUAUUUGUAGAACAAAUUAUCCUUCAGUAUAAUUUUAAAGGGAGCUCCCUUUUAAAGGGAGCUCCCUUUAAAAUUAUAUUAAAGGAUAAUUUGUUCUGCCCAGUUUGCCACUUAACUUCACUUUAGAAAAGGCAAUUUCCCUUUUAUGGAUCCCUGAAUCAAAUUUUACUGAAUUACAGACAAAGCAGUUACUGAUAGUUUACCACAAAACUUGUGCCAUUUCAGGUUGGGAUCUCAAAUGCACAGAAAUCACUGUGUAAAUGUAAGAACUGUGAGGAAAUGGUGAGUUCAAACUAGUCCGGUGAUGUUAAACAUUGAAUGGACAAAACUCAAAGCUGAUUUUUCUUUAAUUAAAGAGGAAUGUGACUGAUAUUUAAUUCAGAAAUAUGGACACUUCCAAAACUGGCAAGUGUGAAAUGCAGCGCUGAUCCGAGCCAUUGUAUCAGAAAGCACUACAUUGUGUAGAAGCUCCAUGCUAUGAGGAGUGAACACACUUAUAUUUUUGCAUUCAACACUGUGGAGAAUAAUUAAUGGAAAAAUAAUAAUCAUUGGCCAAAGUGUUAUCCAACAAUACAGACUUAAUAAUAUGCAGAUUUGUAAAAAAAAAGGUUCACAUUCAAUGAGUUAUUAGUGCUGAAUUAAGACCUGUCUGUAAAUCAGCAGCAGCAAAUUGGACUGACCAAGGAAACAACACAACACACGAAUGCUGUAAUUUUGCAGUGUUCCUCUUUAAACAAAGCCACAUUUUCUUAAACCCCAAAUUUAACAGAACCAGUCAAGCAUCAUUACUUUGACCAACUUUCUGAAGAAGUUUGAUUUCUUAUUAAAGCACUUUGUUGACCUGGGACUUUAUUAAAGGGUAUAUAGAGUUUUUGCUUUAAGCUGCUUUGUAGGUAUUCUUUUGUGUUUUUUUUUUUUUUUUUUUUUUUUAGAUUUAUACUCUUUUUUUCUAUAUAAGCUAAUGUCUGAAGCAUUUGUGUGUACUGUGAAACAUAAUUUGAAUAUUUCAUGUUUCCUAUUGUUCAAUAAUGGCAUGGUUCUACAUAUUAAGAUUUCAUAGAAAAGUACUUAAUAGUUUCUACUUUCAUAGUUAGAUUUAUAAAAUUUCAAUCAAAUAAGUGCAAAUUUAAAAUGCAUUUUAGGCAUAACCAGCAGCUGUAAUAUCAGUAAGGCACAUGCUACAUGUUAAGGCUGUUAUUCAAUCAGUUUUGUUUUGUAGAGAUUUAUAUAGCCUAGCCACUAGAGAAGCAUGUAUUGUAUUUGCUAAAAGCCUGAAAUGGUGAUUUUUUUGUAGGAAUCUAGCCUCUUGACCUUGUCUAGAACAUAUCGGCCUCUAACUCUAAAGUGCCUUGCCUUAGUUGAAAAGGAUAUGUGUAGAAUUGUCAGAGCAAACACAAGUAGUUGAAGCUUGUGCGCAGGUUUCUACAAAAUGUGUCUUGUUUAACUUUGCAGAAGCGUUGACAUGUGUAUCACUAUAUGUGUAUAUAUAAAUAUAUGCCAGUGUGUUUGGCCAAUCCCAUUAAGUAUUUCGCGAAAGAUAAUUGAAAACAAACAUUGUCAGUGCCUGUGUCCUGACUUAGAAAUGAACGUCCCCUCCCCUCCCCUUCCAACUACAUGCCCACUCAUUCCUUGGUCGUGGUGCUCUUUUGGUGCAGCUUCAGUCUUUGAAAGUAGGUUUUUCAAUUUCAUGUUUGGGAGUAUGCAAACAUAGAACACAUGGAUUUGUAUAGCAACAUAUAAAAAUGCUUUUUAAACAAUUCAGUAACUUUAAUUAGUUUUAUUGUAAUAAUUCAGCAGCGAAUGAAGAAUUCUGUAGUUAAUUUGUAAGUUGGAUUUUGCAUAGGAUUUAUGCUUAGGUUCCUGUAAUUGAAAUGACCUUCUACUGUGUUAAAAAAAAAAAAAAAAAAAAAAAAUUUUAUUCUUGCUUUAAAUU